CAUUUCUCGAUGUCUAUAACUCGCCGUCGCAGCUUCCAUCUCACACAUACUACUCCCGCACAACAAAUCGAGACAACCACCGUCAGCGCCAAUCUACUCGCUCUCGCUCACCAAGCCUCUGCACUCGCGGUCACUCUUGUCGGUGGAUGUAUGCCAGGCCCACGCCAACACAAGCAAGCUCCACGACCCCUUCUCGCCGGAACAUAUCCGCCAAAAGACCAUGUGAAAGAAGAUCCUAGCGCCAGUCUCAGUCUCAUUCGCGUCAGACGACGGAAUUCGGUCAUCCUUGACGCCCAUGAAGCAAUCGAAGCUACUUGCCCUUCUGUAUCCGCAUCCAAUCGCCCUCCAACUCCAAAACAAGUUCGCUCAGACAUUGUGCGUAGGGUCCAAGGCUUCACCACAGCACGCAUGUCUCGUCUUCCCGAGCCUUCCCUUUCCCCGUUUGCUCCGUCUUCAGCCCAGCUUCCCACUCUGGACGAUCCCUUCGCGUCUCCGACCAGCUCUCUCCCUAGCGCCCCUUCGCAACACCCCCAGAACCCCGCAACACUUCAUUUUCUUGCUCUCGCUCGCACACAGUUUCUCUCAGUUCGGGGCACCCAGAACAGUCCGACCCCUGUGAUCCGUACUCGUAGUCGAGCAAGCCUUCGCCAGCAGACCGUUUACUUCCAGCAGCCAGCCUCCCCUCCGCGCAUGGCCCCCAAGUUCUGGCAGCCUCACCCAGCUGGCAAGAAGUCUUGUGCGAUCCGAAUCGAGGCGCCUAGCCCAGCAGACAAGGAGAAUACCGAUUUCUGA